UGAGCUUCUUUGCGGGUGCUUGCUGAGUCUGUGACACUCAGUUGAAUGCUCCAGUUUGCAAACUAAUAAAAAAAAGUGUGUCUUGCUCCAACUUAUCUCUGCUCCAUUGUUUCAGUACAGGACAGGUGCUACAGUAUUGUAUGCAGAAAAUUCCACGACACCACGUGAUACCGUUCCACUCAUUUUAAAACAUGGCGCUGCAGUUUGAAGAGGCAGAGUUUCAGGAAGCCUACAAAGAGAUCGAUGAACCUCAACUGGAGGGAGGAUGGGAGCUUUUCACUGACAUCUCGGGCAUUCAAAUCUACCGGCUGUACGACAAGAGAACAGGACUCUACAAAUACAAAAUCUUUGGUGGUCUUUCCAACUGUACUCCAGAGCUAUGUGCAGAUGUGUAUAUGGAUUUAAAGUAUCGCAAAUCAUGGGAUGAAUAUGUCAAAGAGCUGUCUGAAAAGGUUUAUGAUGGGAAGCCAGUGAUUUACUGGGAGGUGAAGUACCCCUUUCCCAUGUCAAACAGAGAUUACGUGUACGUGCGUGAACGCCGGGAUCUGGAUGUGGAUGGGAGGAAAAUCUGGGUUAUUCUGGCCAAGAGCGCUUCUGUCGCCCAGUGUCCUGAGAAGUCCGGAGUCAUUCGGGUGUGUGACUACAAGCAGAGCCUGGCCAUUGAGAGCGAUGGCGGAUCUGGAAUUAAAGUUUUCAUGAACUACUUUGAUAAUCCGGGUGGAUCGAUUCCCUCCUGGCUUAUAAACUGGGCUGCCAAGAGCGGAGUGCCUUCGUUCAUCACAGACCUACAGAAAGCCUGCAACAACUACCCAAGCAACUGCAAACAAGUGAAGACAUGACUUCAAAGUGGCAGCAGGGGCUGGGAAAGUUUUUCUUUUUCUUUGGACAAACAACUUGUGUGAAAAUCAUUUCAUUGCUUUAUAGCCCAGAGAGGGAUGGAAAUAAUUAACACUAUAAAACCAGCAACAAACAACUUG